ACAGUGUUUCUCCGAGCCGAUGCAAAUUCUGCGGGCUUUCUCGGAAGUCCGUCUGCCGAAGCACAAAACAGGGAGCAGUUCAUCAAAGCGCCUUACUGGAGGAGGUGCAGCCAAUAAGGACUUACGUUGUGCCAAUUGCAACUCCAAAGGGCACUUCGCCAGGGAGUGUCUCAAGUCAAAGAGGGAGCCCGGAUCCUGCUAUGCCUGUGCGGCAUUUGGACACUUCGUCGGACAAUGCCCGGAGCGCAAGAGCGCCAAUAUCAACAAUUAUAAUGCCUCAUAGACACAGGGAGUCC